CUGCUAGAUUGACCAUCAUCAUCAUCCUCAGCAUUUGAAUACAGAAUUUUUCUGAGAACCCCAGUGCUUCUCUGACAGUGGAGGUUUUGUAUACAAAAUACAUUCUUUUUCUUUUGUAGAAGACCUUCCACCUUCAUGAUGCCUCUACAGGACAAAUUUCAAAAUGGAACCGUGAUGAGCUAGCACAUAGCAUUCGUACGUUGGACAGUUUUCAAAUUUACCGUCAAUUGAAGUUUGGUCAAGUCAAACUUCAAUAGGAUGGGUCCAAGAAAAAAUGAUGAUAAAGACAAAGAAAAUAAAGGUCUCUCAACACAAGAGGCCCUGCUAAAACUAAGCAGUGGAAUUUCAAAAAUACUGAAUGAGCAUGAAGAAACCAGGAGAAGGUGUUCUAAGUUUUCAUUUAUCUGGAAUGUCCUCCAUCACUCAAGCAACGACUCUUUACUCUGCUGGACUUCCUUAUCUAUUCUAAUCCUUGAAGCACUUUUGAUGAUCGUAGUAUCGUUAAUCGAAAGUGAGAAUUCCAGGUUUCAUUACUUGGGACUUCAAGGUGUGGCGAUUCUGUUACUGGUUGCAUUCACCUUUGGUUUCGUGCUGUGGGAUCGCUAUCUUUGUACUAUAGAGGUUUCGCAGAGGGUCAACGAACUAAUCAAGUAUAUUGAAGACGCAGCGUCCACCUGUCACUGGCUACCAGACAACUACCCUCAUGUGUGUUCACCCUACUCCCCUUGCAUCACCCUGCAGUGGACCUACAGGGAUGGAGCACUCGUCAACCUGCCCUGGGCCCUGCUAGUGGAGGGAGACCUCGUGCUAAUCAGACCUGGACAAGCGGCGCCCGGCCACUGUGCGCCUGUUAUUGUGGACACCUCAGGCACAGGCGGAGAACUGCGGGCGGGCGAAGUGUACUCCCCGGUUCCAGGGGGCGGUUCCUCCCAGAGUGGCACCCCAGGCACUUGCAAGGGUGGUCCCUCACUUCGGCAACCCCUGGCGAGCAAGGAGUACAUAGUUCAGGAGACGCCGUUCUCAGCCAAUCUGCAACAAAUGCUGAGUGAGCAUUACCAACGACCUCCGACCUACCAUCACAGCGCGUGUCGGAUGCUGGUGGUUCAAUUCAUUCAGCACAUGAUUCUGCCUUUUGUCUUGGUGUGCAUCGUGGGCAUAGGCGUACUUCGUCACUUGCACCUGUUGGACUCUGUGGGCAGUGGGGGGUGGUGGGAGGGUUUGGUAACACUGCCCAUAGCAGUGACACUUCCCCUCCUUCCACUUGUCUUCCCAUCAACAUGGCUGCUGCUUAUGGCUUACGGCAACGCUCGCAUCUCGGCGCUGUUACAGACUGACACGCACUAUGCUGCCAAGAAACGUCAGAAAGACCCAGACGCCGACCCGUUUGAUGAGACCGAGAUCGAUAGGAGUACGCUGACUGUUCUGGACCUGGCUGAACUGAAACAUCACUUUGUCAACGAGCUGCUGGGUCGAGGCAACAAUCUCACACGCUCUUCCAACAUACUGCAUGCAUUGGGAUCUAUCACGUCUCUGUGCUGUGUUGACAAGAAAGGCAUCCUAUCAUGGCCUAAUCCAACCGCCGAGAAAAUAUUCUUCCUGAGGAAAAAAGAGGAACCAGUCUCGUCUCCUAGUGCAAGCAGUUUGGGAGAUGUGGGGUGUAGCUCUGACACUGGCGUUGAAUCUGUUUCUAACAACGAAUCUAACCUUAAUCGGCCUGAAAACAAAGCAAACGCCGUCUCCAGGGCACCAAGCAACGACAAACCAAGCCAGAUGCAAGCCGAAGUGCUAGAUUUGACGCACGACCAUUCGUGUCCGUUUCGACUCCAGUUCGACGACGCCCUCUGGGCUCGCCACCUGGACUCGCUCAAGCCACUCGGCCUCGCCAUUUUGCUGAACACUUGCAACAUGGCCACUCAUCACCACUACACGCACUUCUGCUCACACGUCACCUGCGAGGCACUCUAUAACGAGGAUCUUGUCCCGGUUACUAACCGAAGAUUAGCAGCCGUUCACGAGGUCUCCACACUACUUUCCACCAACAAGUGUUUGUGCGAAGUAGCCAAACAGAUAGGAUUUACAGAGAAAGCUGUUCAGAUAUUUCAACUGGAGAGUCAGUUGUCAACUUUUCGUCAUGUUGAGCCAGAAUCGGUUCGUCAAGACAUGCGUUUCGCGAAAUCGCUGCCGCCCAGCACCAAGCUGAAGUUCCCGUUUCCGCACAUGGUUGCGGUGAUAGUGCGGGACCUGAGUGCGGCAGGGGGGUCUAUGGGGAAGGGUCUCCAGCUGUUCAGUCAGGGCACUGCUGAUAUAGUUCUAGACUCCUGCACUCAGUACUGGGAUGGAGAUGACGUUUGUCGGCUGUCACCUGGUGAUAGACGCAAAGUACAAGACUUCUACCAGCGCACCAGUUUGUCGGCCUACUGCACCGCCUUCGCCUACCGCCCCCUGUCAGUGGCGCCGCCCCCGCAACUCUCCGCCAUCUACAUGGAGCUGCCCACCGACAGUCAGAUGCUCUACAACCGGCACAACCAUCUGCCUUUGGAGAUGGCUGACCUUGACGGCAUCGUUCAAGGUCACCCACAACAGCUGAUCGGUGACGAGGCGGGAGCUGGUGGUGAUGAUCUCAAUUCGCACGAUUCAAUGUUUGAUGAUGAGGAUGAUGAUGAUUUAAUGGAGGAGGCGGAAAUCGAUGACAUCGAAGGCUGUUUCCAGCUACAGUGCAACCAGAUCUUCAUUGGAAUGGUGACCAUGCAGUACCAGGCACAAGCAGAUAUUGUCCAACUAAUCGAACAGCUGGAGAGAGCCUGUAUCAGGUUUGUUCACUUCAGCAAAGAGAAUGAACUCAGAUCGCGGGUUUUCUCAGAGAAGAUGGGACUUGAAAGUGGAUGGAAUUGCCAUAUAUCGCUCCUCAGUGAGAGAUCAAGUGGUGGCCAUCAGACCUCGUCAGCAGCAGCAAACGGUCUCGACUUGUCGUCGUUGGGUGGGACGGCGUCAAACGCGGCCGUCGACAAAGUGGGUGGGACGCCGGCAAACGCGGUCGCUGACAAAGUGGGUGGGAUAGCGUCAAACGCGGCCGCUGACAAAGUGGGUCGCGUUGACAGCGGCUAUCAGCUGUGUGCCGAACACUCAAACCACUUUGACGACUGCCACCUGUUAGAACCCCUGCUCAAUUGUGGUACUCUAUGCAGCUCCCGCCAGAUGAGUAUGUCAGCUCCCUGUACUUACAAGCCUGAGAACGAUAUCGGUACCAUCUAUGAAGAUGAUGUUCAAAAAUCGAAAGACUAUGAGGACGGCCAGGCAAGCCAGGGGCGUAACAUCGGGUGCGGGGGUGGGGGAGGAACAGAGUGGCAGUCACUCAGUUGUCUCACGGACAGCACGGAGCAGAGUGUGCCUGUCAACUUCGACAUGUCCAAUAGGGCAAAACUACCGCGCGGCAUUGACAAGAUCCGUCCGCACAUAGAGCUGGUGGACAAUGUGCCUCUGUUGGUAUCCCUGUUCACAGACUGCACUCCUUCCACCAGCCGGGAGAUGAUCUCCAUCAUGCAGGACUACGGAGAAGUGGUGGCUGUUAUUGGGUCAUCUGUCAACGCAGACAAUGUCGGCAUAUUUCUCAAGGCCAAUGCUAGCGUGGCAGUAGAGCCUCUCUACCCACAAGUGUGCCAGAAGGUGUCCGUCUACCAGGACACCAGCCCCGAGCAGGGUCCCUCCCCGGUCGAGAUAUCCAAACGACUAAACUCGAUUCCAUGUUCAAUCAGCAUGCGACGCAACGAGGACCUCUCACUCUUUCAUCUCAUCAGAGAGGCACGGAACUUUAUGAUUCAAGCUUGGAACUGUACUCAGUUUUGGAUGUGUUGUGUAAUCUCCUUGAGUUUCACACAAUUACUGGCCGCUACUGUCAUGCUACCCCCUCUCCUGUCUACUGGUCAGGUUCUAUACUUGAGCAUAGUGUUUAUUCCUAGUCUGGCUCUAUCACUGAACGGCACACCGAUUGAUAAGAGCGUCAUGCAGAGGGCCACCGGAAAAAACAACUUAUCAAAAAGUAUCAACAGUGAGAUGGCCGUUUUCGUGCUCUGGUGCUACGGUACAAAGUUCCUACCCACUAUCCUGCUCGCUCCGCUCCUGUUUGGAGGACUGCUCUCGCACUACUGCCAAGAACUGCUCACAAUCACCGACCCUCACUCCCCCGCCGAUGCACUGCGCAACUCUACUGCGCAAGUGAUGUCGUCAUUGCCCUCCACUCCCACCUUUUUGGAAGCAGUGCGCAACUCUUCGGCGCAUCUGGUGACGUCAUUGCCCUCACCUCCAACCUUUUUGGAUGCAAUGCGCAACUCAACGCAGGUGGUGACGUCAUCGGAGUGUGUUUCGUUGGUGUAUUUUUCGGCGGAGGAUGAUGGGUCGUGGGGGGGAUGGAGUUAUCAUCCAUACACCUUCCUCGUGGCACAACAGUUUGUGAUGAUUUUGCUGUGUGUGCAUUUUAUCACUAUCUCGAGCAGCUUCGUACACAGAGAUCACUUGACAUGGCGAAGGCUUCCGUUCACAAACAAGUUGUGGUCUAUUACCUCAUUAAUCAUUAUGUUGGUGAGCGCUCUCUACUCGCUGCUGUCUCUCUCACUGAAGAGCGAGUCGGAAUCAGCUGAUGACAGCCUUCACGAGUUGGAGUUCACUUUCUCGCCACCAGUCGCCGUGUGGGUGAUAGCGCUAGUGUCGCCUCUCCUUGUGCUCUGUGUCAACGAGCUGGUCAAGUGGCAGGAGAUCAAAGUAAACGUCAGAUACCAGAAACGUGCCCGUCUGGAAUUCGGAACGAAAUUGGGUAUGAACUCUCCGUUUUAAAGAGAAGAUUUAGGUAGGCCUACUCAAUUUUAGUUGAAUAAAAAUUAUUAGAACAAUACAAAAGCAACUGAUUAUGAUAGUAAUGAAAUUGAAUACAAAUCAAAUGAAAUGUAACUGAAAAGCAACCGAUUUUGGUUGUUUUUAAAUGUGUGUGUUCAUGAUUAUAGAUUAGUUGUUUACUUCAACUGUAGGUCAGUUUUUGACCAUAGGUUAACUUUCAACGGCGGGUCAACUCUUAUCCUCCGGUUAACCGUAAUUUCAACGUCAAUUCUAGUGUUAUAGACUGAUCUACGAUUAUUGUACAGUAUUUGUACUUUCGAUUAUGACUUUAUGUGUGUGUUGAUUCAUUGUAGUUAUUUUUAGGUAUUGACUAGUAUUUUUUAAUCGUGACGUGACUAAACUUUUUGAGAUUUUACUACAACCCCAAUAGAUUAGCCUAAUUUAAUAGCAAUUCAAUUUGUCGCUAUUGGAAUUGAAUUGAGGAAUGUUCAAUAUUUGCCUUCCUAUCAUGUCCAAGUACGUACUUAUUUCAGUAAUUAGCUCUCAACUUAUUCCUUAGAAUUUCUAAAAUCCACAUCAUAGAAUUUGAAAAGUAGUUCAAAAUGUUAUACAUUUCUGUCCUAUAAAGGAAGUUUUAUUAGAAACUCAUACAAUAUUUUAUUUUAAAUUCAUUCAUUCAUACAAUAAGUACAUCAUCAAAAUGAUAGGGAGAGAAAAAAUAAGGUAACCUUGUGCUAUUCCUUUCCCAAAUUUAGAUAGGGUUAAAAAUAGUCUGAAAUAGGUUAUAAUUAUCUCUGUCACAGGAAACCCCAUAAUUUGAUAAUACAUUUUAAUGUAAUUAAUCUUACAAA